AUGGCGGUCCUAAAAGACUGUCAGGCCGACAAAUGGUUCCCGCAUCCACCCGCAGGUAGUUGGCAAGACAUUGUUGGCACUAAUUGUGAGAUUGGUUCAAUUGUUGUAGGAUGCUACUACCUGGCAGACGCGGGAUACAUGGAGAUUCAAGGAUACAUGACUCCUUUCCGGAAUACAAGGUACUAUAUGAACGACUUUAGGGGCGUAGAGUUGGAGACGUUAGAACGUGAGGAGAAAUUUAACUACAUUCACUCGAGGCUGCGCAAUGUAAUUGAACGGAGAUUUGGGGGCCUCAAAGAACGGUGGCAUAUUCUGCAACGGGUUCCUUACUUCACGAGGAAAAAGCAAGCAAUGAUUAUCAUAUCAUGCUUUGCAAUGGAUAAUUAUUUGUGGCUGCGUAAGUAUGGACCUAAUGCGCUGUCGUAUGAGCUAUCGGAGUGGGUGGAUCUAAAUUGUGGAACAUAA